GAGCUAAAAACAGCUCUCAUUCUGCAAUGUUGAUACUCAGAAAUGGAUUUACAUGAAUGUGUUUAUGAGGAAUAUGUCUCUGACUGUGUAUAUAAGAGGAUGCUCAGACGUUAUUCUGGACACAACAGCUCUGAGAUCUUCAAGCUCUACAGAACUUCUACAGAUUCCUUCUGUCAUUGAAGAAACAUCUUGAAGAAUGAGAAGCCUGAUGUGUUUGCUGUUCCUGGUGAUCUUCUGCUCUGUGCAGAUGACUUCAAGCGCUCCCUUUGCACCUGAUGUGGCAAAUUGUUGUGGAGAGCUCUCUAAGGUGAAGAUUCCUGUUGAGCGAGUGACUUCUUACUACAAGACCAGCAGCAGCUGUCCCAGACUCGCUAUUGUGUUUCAGACAAUAGCAGGGAAAGAGUUCUGUGUUGAUCCAGAGACCCCCUGGGUGAAGAGUCAUAUUGAUAAAGUGGACAAAAGAACAACAGUCUAAAAGAAGCAACACUCUUUCUAUUUAAACUGCGCAUUUCAUAAUGUAAACCUUGCGCUAUUUCCAAAUUGUAUAAAAAAUAUUUUUUUGACAAAAUAAUUUAUG